UUGAAUAACGUCGUGGUUUGGUCAAAUGGGAAGUUGUAGUCUCAGUCCACAGCUUGUGGCGGCUGCUCGGUCAGUCCCUGGUUGGCAGUUGCUCUCGCUCGCGGCGUCUCCGCCCGCCGGAGAGGAAGGGGAGGCGGCUUCCCUCUUCAUCUGUGCAUCCAGCAAUGGCCACCGGAAGUAAUAGCCAAGAGAUUAGGCCGAGCCCUGAGCUACCGAAGCAACUGCCCUUCGACUUUCUGAAGAAAAUUACAAACGAUUUCUCUGCUGAGCGGAAGAUUGGCGGAGGUCCAUUUGGAAGCAUUUAUAAGGGAGUUGUGCCUGAUGAUGGCAGAGUGAUUGCAGUGAAGAAACUUCAGGAAAACGCCCCGAUGCCGCCUGACAAGACAUUCAACAACGAGGUUCAGAACAUUAUGGCGCUCAAACACGAAAACAUAGUCGAGUUGGUUGGAUUCUGCUGGGAAACACAGAAGAAACUGGUGCAGUUCGAUGGAAGGUAUAUUCAGGCAGACAUCACUGAAAGUGUACUCUGCUACGAGUAUCUACCUAAUGGGAGCCUUCAACAGAAUCUUUUCGGAACAAAAACAGCUGAGGCUGUCUCUUCAGCUGAACCUGCUAUCGAUUGGGCCGCACGCUUCAAGAUAAUCAAAGGAAUUUGCCAGGGUUUACUAUUUCUACACAAGUUGGAUAUUCCCAUUAUUCAUAUGGAUCUGAAGCCUGAAAAUAUAUUAUUAGAUGAAAGUAUGGUUCCAAAGAUUGCUGAUUUUGGACUCUCGAGGGUCUUUGGCCAAGAACAAACCCGAUUGUACACACAAACAGUUGUGGGAUCAUAUGGGUACAUGGCUCCAGAAUAUCUAUACAGAGGUGAAAUUUCGGCCCAGUCAGACAUAUAUAGUUUAGGCUUAUUAAUACUCGAGAUCAGUACUGGAGAGCAGAACUGCAAAGACAAAAACCAACCCUCAGCAAGAAACUUUAUUGAUAAAGUACGCGAAGAGUGGACACUCGAGCACAUAGCAUCCAAGUAUGCAUCCUUAGAUACAGAAGGCCUCCAUCAAGUGAAAAUAAGCAUUGAACUUGGGCUAAAAUGUGCUGAGAUUGAUCGGCGAGUCAGGCCUCCCAUAGAAGAAAUUGUUGACACACUCAACGGACUACGUGCAAACGAAAUGGCAAACGAGGUCCCUCAUGCAUCUCCAGUGAGCAAGAAGAUGGGUUUUCUAGGUGGUUUCAAGAAGAAAUAAAACGUUCGCUAUUAUUGCUGGAAGACUCAAAAUUUGCUUUGGAAAUAAGACCACUUGAUGCUAUAUGCCAGUCUGGAAACGUAGAUUUUCUCUUUAUUUUGUGAAACUAUAUCUUUUUAUUAUUGAUCAAGACGGGAGGCAACAAGAAAUUGAAGCAAGAAUUUGUUUCUCCUUAAGCAGUUAUCAUUAAGAUAGUACCACAAGAGGAGGGGUCAAAUUUCUCACGGAAGUUAGACUUAACAUUUUCGAUCCAGAGGACGGGGUUGCGACCCUUUUCAAGAAAAGAAAAAACAUGCACCAUCGUUUUCAAAAGGACAUGUGUGUGUAGUAUGAGACCACAAGGGUUUUAUGACCAACCAUUAUAAAUGUUUUAUGACCAACCAUUACACCGAUUGACAAUCCUUCAGGGUUUUUUGUAUGUAAUUGCCAUGUUGUCACUUGCUUAUAAUGUUCUAGAUGGGUUACAGCGACAUGGUUGAGGUUAUAGUGCUAGUUGCUAUUGUGGUAACUGUUUGUUGCUUACAUGGCAACCAAUGGUAUCUGUCUGUUGCUGGUAUGUGAACCAAUGUUAUUUGUCUGUUGCUUGCA